UCGCGUGACGCGUUUUCAAAUCUUUAACCGCCGCGGCUCACAGGUCGGUGCUGCAGCCCCUUCCUGCUCGGAGGCUCGGCGCCGGAACCGGCCGUGGAAGUCGGCCCGCGGACGCGGCGGCCGGGCCUCGGAGCUCCGUGUUCGCGGCCGUCCCGUGCGGCGCGCGGUGCGGACCCAGCAUGUAGGUGCCUGGUGGCUGCCAUGAACCUGGAGACCAUGAGGAUCCACAGCAAAGCGCCUCUGCCCGGUGGCAUCCAGGACAAAAAUGAAAAGAACAGACCGUCUUUGAAAUCCCUGAAAACUGAUAAUAGACUGGAAAAAUCGAAAUAUAAGCCUCUUUGUGGAAAAAUAUUUUACCUUGACUUGCCUUCUAUCACUGUAUGUGAAAAACUCCAAAAAGACAUAAAGGAUCUUGGCGGGCGAGUUGAAGAAUUUCUCAGCAAAGAUAUCAGUUAUCUUGUUUCAAAUAAAAAGGAAGCAAAAUAUGCACAAACAUUGGGUCGAAAUUCUCCUGUACCAAGUCCAGAAUCUGCGUAUACUGCAGAAACCACCUCACCUCAUCCUAGCCAUGAUGGAAGUUCCUUUAAGUCUCCAGACAGAGUGUGUCUGAGCCGAGGAAAGUUAUUAGCUGAGAAAGCUGUCAAGGAUCAUGAUUUUAUUCCUGCUAAUAGUAUAUUAUCAAAUGCCUUAUCAUGGGGAGUGAAGAUUCUUCAUAUUGAUGACAUUAGAUGCUACAUUGAACAGAAGAAGAAAGAGUUAUGUACACUCAAGAAAUCAAGUACUUCUGUGAGGGAUACGGGAAAAAAAGCUGGUACUGGAAUACAGAAGGCAAGAACAGGGAGACUCAAAAAGCCUUUUUUAAAGGUUGAAGAUGUGAACCGGUCUUACAGGCCAUUUUACCUUCAGCUGACCAGUAUGCCUUCUAUAAACUACUCUACUCAGAAGCCUUGCAGCCCAUUUGAUGGAGAUAAGCCAUCUAACAUCCAAAAACAAGCUCAGCCUAAACUCAGAAUUACUACGGAUGGCGAUAAAUGUGGUGGAACCCCAGUUCAACUCCAGUUGAAGGAAAAGAGAAAAAAAGGAUAUUGUGAAUGUUGCUUACAGAAAUAUGAAGAUCUCGAAACUCACCUUCUGAGUGAGAAACACAGAAACUUUGCACAGAGUAACCAGUAUCAAGUUGUUGAUGAUAUUAUAUCUAAGUUAGUUUUUGAUUUUGUGGAAUAUGAAAGAGACACACCUAAAAAGAAAAGAAUAAAAUACAGCAUCGGAUCCCUUUCUUCUGUUUCUGCAAACGUCCUGAGAAACACUGAACCAAAGGAGAAGCUACAGUUGGAGCCCAUUUUCCAGGACAUGGGAGAAAGUAAUGAGCAGCUGCUCGAGCAGAAUUUUCAGUGUGAAGAAACCCAGCAACCUGAGCAAAGGCUUGUGUUUGCUUCAGAACCCAUGUCCUACUCUUCAACUGGAUUGAAAAGACUGGAUGAGAAAACAGUGAGCAUGUUCAAUGCAAGUGAACCUGACCUGAAACAGAAUUGUACACUGCUACCUCCAUGUAAAAAUGAACAGGAAGGAAUUCUUGAUGCUUCUGAACAUAAAUUAAUUGUUAAUAGAAAUGAUUCAGUAGAGAGGGGAGGUGACUCUCUGGGUGUGCCACAGUCAUGUAUGCAAGUUUCUUAUCUCAGUUCAGAAAAUAGUACACCCCAACCAAAAUUCACUGCAGAUACUACAUGUUCUUCAGCAAAACGUCUACAGCAUGAUUCUGACCUGGUGACAUUAAAUACAUCAAAAGAACACCUAACAGUGAAGGCUAGAACUCCAUUCUGUAGUCCUCAGGAGCCUAAUGAAUGUGACACUGAGAAUAUGGAUAAUUUGCCUUGUGGUAAGAUCCAGCGGAAAGUGAGACUGUUGUUAGCGCAAAAGAAAAAAAAUGUGGACCCAAGUGCUGAGCUGGAUAAGAAAAGAACUGAGUUUCUUCCUGCAUGUGAAGACAGAACUUGUGGGUCACCAGUACAGUCUCUCCUGGACCUCUUUCAGACAAGUGGAGAGAAAUCAGAAUUUUUGGGUUUUACAAGCUACACUGAAAACAGUGGAAUGUGUGAUGUUUUAGAUAUUUGGGAGGAAGAAAAUUCAAGUAGUCUGCUGUCAACAUUUUUUUCUUCCCCUUCAGCUUCUACAUUUGUUGGAUUUUAGUAUUUAAUGUGUUUUUCAGAAGUGACAGUUAUAAAAAUUCCUGAAUUUUUUAUAAAUAUAUAUAAUUCUUAGGAAUUAUGGGUUUUUGUUUUGUUUUGGCUUUGUUUUGUUUUGGCCAGCUUUGUUUAUGAAACCAUAUGUAAAUAUUAAUUAAGAUGUUUGUAAUUUUUUUUACAGAAUUG